AUGGCACCAAGUGCGACUGCGACGUACUCGUCCUCGGCUGUGCCGACGUUGCUCGCGCCUUCGGCAAGCAGCAGCAGCAGCAGCAGCAGCAACAACAUCAGCACCGACGAAUUCGACAUCAUCUCGUGCUACCACUCGCUCCUCUCUUCGGACGCCGAAUUGCCUUUCCCGAUUGCAGCCAUCUUUGCGCUCUCUGAACUCGUCUCCAAGUCAAAGGCCGCGACCACCUCGGAGCUCAUGGAAAACAUCCGCUCGGCGUCGCAACGGCUCAAAGCAUCGCUCGAAAACCCGGUCCCCGCCACGGCAGGCUUGGACCUCUUCACGCGCUUCGUCGUCACAAAGAGCUGGGACACAGGCGACGACUUUGAAGCGCACAAAGCGUCUCUCGCAGCGCUGGCGCACGAGUUUGCCGUGCACACGGUCCCCAGCUGCCGCGAGAAGAUCUGCGAACUGGUUUUGCCGUUCAUCAAGGACGACAGCGUCGUGCUCACGCAUUCCUACUCGCGCGUUGUGAUGCAGGCGUUGAAACACGCCGCCCUCACCCAGCGCAAACGCAUCUCGGUUUACGUCACUGAAUCCCGCCCACAGGGCUUGGGACUGAGGACGUACAACCAGCUCAUCGAGAACGGCAUCCCCUGCACCGUCAUCCUCGACUCGGCGGUCGCGUACACCAUGCCCCAGGUCGACCUCGUCCUCACCGGUGCCGAAGGCGUCGUCGAAUCCGGCGGCUUCUUGAACGCUGUCGGCACCUACGGCAUGGCCAUCAUCGCCAAGGCCUGCAACAAGCCUUUCUUUGCCCUGGCCGAGAGCUUCAAGUUCCUCAGAAUGUUCCCCCUGAAUCAGUAUGAUCUGCCCACCAACUCACGGAGGCGCCUCCUGGCGUUUCCGGAACUCGAUGCCGACGCCGACGUCGCGGCUACAGCACCACAGGACGACAAGGAUACCCAGGGAACACCAAAGUUGUCCGCGGGCGAGGCGAGGGGUGCCCAGCAGCAGUUGAUGUCCAAACAGCAAGAGCUCGUGAAUCCCGCUAUCGACUAUACGACACCGGAUCUGGUCACUUUCCUGUUCAGCGACGUGGGCGUGCUCACGCCUUCGGGUGUAGGCGACGCACUGCUUGCGGUGUACGGCGGUGCCGACUGA